AAAGAGAUAAAUACCUGACCGUACGAACCAACACUAUACUCUCUCAACUCAACUGUACAAAAUUAUCACAACACCAAAGGGGAAAACCACUCUCAAAUCUCACAACCCCCCCCCCCCCCUCUCUCUCUCUCGAACCAGGAAAUCCCCUUGAUCACUAUCUUCUUCCGAUCGUUUGGAGCUACGACAGAAUCAGACGCUGUAUACGGAAGCGGAUUUUGUGUGUUUCAUGCACCAACAGUGAAGUCGGAUUCGAAUGGAGUUGUACGGGGAUCAGCAGCAGGUGGAGUGGGCUCAGGAUUCGGGUUUGGAAGACUCUAUGAAUUUAUGGGAGCGCCAAGUCUACGUGUACCCGGAGAGGCCGGGUCAACCCGACUGCGCCUACUAUGUGCGAACCGGGUCGUGUGGCUACGGCGCCAAGUGCCGUUACCAUCACCCUCGGGAUCGUAGCAGCUCGUUGGGAGUGGGAGAGUAUCCGGAGCGACUAGGGGAGCCUCCGUGCCAGUACUAUUUAAGGACAGGGACCUGUAAAUUUGGUAUGUCGUGCAAGUUUAACCACCCAAAAAAUGCUGGUGGCUCGUUGACUAGUGCACCUCUAAAUAGUUAUGGAUAUCCAUUACGACCGGGAGAGCAAGAGUGCUCCUAUUAUUUGAAAACGGGGCAAUGCAAAUUCGGUAUAACCUGUAAAUUUGAUCAUCCGCAAUCGGAUGGAACAUCUGUUUCAGCAUCUGCACGUCCAUUUUAUCCGACGGUGCAGUCUCUUUCUUCCCCUACUCCUGAGCAAUAUGACAGCGCAACAUCCAGCUACAGGGUUGCAAGGCCUUCUUUGUUGCCUGGUUCGUAUGUCUCUGGUGCUUAUGGUCACAUGCUGCUCCCUGGAGUUGUUCCCAUUCCAAACUGGAACCCGCACUCAGGAUCAGUUAGCCCCGCACCAUCGCCCGGUGCUCAAGCCUCAGCUGGAGCAACUUCAGUGUAUGGACUGUCACAGCUAGGUUCUUCCCCCCCUGCAUUUGUUGGAGCUUAUUCCCAUUUACCAUCAUCUGCUGGUCCUUCAGGCAGUAUCGUACAGGAGCAAAAGUUUCCCGAAAGACCUGGUCAGCCAGAUUGCAAGUACUACAUGAGAACUGGAGACUGUAAAUAUGGACCAUCCUGUAGGUAUAAUCAUACACCAGAUUGGGCUGUUUCAAAGUCUAGUUGUGCUCUUAGUCCUUUGGGGCUGCCUCUUCGUCCGGGGGUGCAGGCCUGCUCUUUUUACAUGCAGAAAGGCCAGUGCAAGUUCGGACGAACCUGCAAAUACGACCACCCCAUAGCAACUCUGAAAUACAGUCCGGCUUCAUCUUAUACUGAAAUGCCAGGUACUCGUUACGGGCCUGGGCUAUCUGCUGCUACGACUUUGUUACCAUCUUAUUCAUUUCAAGAGAUGCAGGGUGAACGCAUUGCAGGCUCUAGCGUUGAUCCUGGCAUAAACAGGGUGUGGCAUUCUGGAAACUCUUCCAGUGAUUCCGCAAAUCUAAUGCUUUAGUAGUUUCUGAUUCACAAAAAGCGGCAUCUGGUUCUCGAGGUGGAGUAUGAAAUAUGAGCAGAAUAAAAGAUGGUGAAAAUUAAGUGUAGUUUUCCAUGUGAUGUAUAUAUUUACAUGCCUUGUUACAUAUUACCAUCUAGGCUUGAGACAAUUAUUGUAAGCCUCAUUCAACAUAUAUUGCUAGGUUGAUAGCAUGAUGAUUGGAUUCUGGAUAUUGUUUGUUUCUGUAUUUCACAUUGUAAUUUAAUGGAAGUGUUUGGCUUAUUGAA